CUUGUAUCAAUAUUUAGAAGAAAGUUUUGGUGACGGCGGGUAGGCGGUACUACCAUAGGCCGCACCUCCCUUCACUUUACCCAAGUAUAUGAAUUCGAACAGAGACAUCGCGCCUCAUAAAAUAAAAAUCAUCUGCUUAGACCGGAAAUGUAUUGCUUGUACUUUUUUUGCCUCAUUGCCUCUGUGUGUGGAUACGGGACGCUCCCCGAGUUCUUGCGUCCCAAUGUGGUCAGAAUUUUAAAUAUUUCAUCUAUGGCUGAAGUGGACGUGAACACCAUGGUUAAUAUUUCUUCAAAUCUUUCCAACACAAGUUUGUCCGAUAUAGAGAAUGAUCAUCUCAUUCAUGCUUUACAACUUCUCAACAGAGAAAGAAAGAAGCAGGAGCGACUGAUUACCAUCCAGGCUCAGAUCCUCCAGAAUCUACACCUGAACAGGCAACCCAACAUAACGACAUCCUUCUUCUCUGAGGAUGAGCAACUGACUUAUUCGAAGCUCGUAGAGAAGAUGAAUAAAGUGGAAGAGAAUGUUGCCGAUGGACUCAUCUUGAUGAGAAGUUUCUAUGCGUCCUGUGCGAUUCCUAACAAUACUGACAAAUCUUCGUGGGAUUCAAAUGAUGGCCUUCGAAUAUUUUACGAUCUUCCUUUCAACUCUUAUCCUUCCGAUGUUACCAUAAAGACGGCCAUCCUCCGGUUGUUCAAGAAAACGACAGAUAUAAUCAACUCCCAAACUAUCAAUGUCCAAAUCUAUCAGUAUCUUAAACCUUUGAAAUUCAAUCGAAAAGAACGGAAACGAUUAGUGGAUUCCAAACCCAUUCGAUUGGAUGAUAAGGGGUGGAUUCAGUUCAACGUGGCCCUUUCUCUCACCCAUUGGUUUCAGCACACCAACAAGAACUACGGAUUUAGUGUUGAAGUAGAAGACGAGUUCAGGAACAAGCUCAACCCAAAUCUAUAUUUUGAUGCCAUGAACUGUUCCUCUAACAUUCCUCCAUACCACCCUUUUCCGAAUCUUGUGAAUCUAAGUGGUGAAAGGAUUCUAUCUCAGUUUCUGAGCAACUACACCUAUCCAACUCUGGACUUGAGGACGUCAGAAAGAUUCCGUGGUAUACACUCUCUGGUCGAAGACAGGGUGCGAAGAUCAGCCGAUAACUCCUCAUCUUCUUGUACGGGAGAACUAGAAUAUGUCUCCUUUGCAGAAGUGGGACUAGAUGAAUACAUUGUGUGGCCAACAGGGGUAGUGUGGACAUUUUGCGAAGGAAGUUGUUCUGUUCAGCCGCAUAAUCGAGAGUCAUUCUUCGCCCACUGGAUUCAGCGACUCUUCAAAGUCAAGAAAAAGAAUUUGGAAUCAAAUUGCGUUGUGACCAGACGAGAAUCCAUGCCAGCCCUCCUUUAUGAUGGAGAGAAUCAAGUGUUCGAAACUGUUCUGGAAGAUUUUGUACCCACAAGUUGCGGAUGCAGACCUUCGUAACACUCGCUCUUCUUCGCCUGUAAAAUAAUGAACGCAACUACCUCAUAUUUUACCAGUACAUAUUAUAAUAUUAUUUUGUAUAUAGUUAUGUAUUUUAUCCUCAUUAUUUCACUACUGAAUGAAUUUUAUUUUUAGCUCAUUUUUAUCGAACUUCCUUUAUAUUCUUCUACAAAACGGGCAGAUAGACUUUCGUUUUAUGUGUUCGACUGAAC